CCUCAUCCUCUCCUCCUUCUUCUCCUCCUCAUCCUCUUUACUUCUUCCUCCACGUCCACCACCUGCUCCACCAGGUUCUACUUCUUCCUCAACUCACCUCUUGAUUCCCUUCCCUUGUCUUUCCAUAUCCUCUCCUAUCACUCACGCUCAUUCUCACACAACCCUCCUCCGUCCUCAUCCUUCGCUCUCCUCUCACUUAGAGUCUGGUACUCCUCACCUCGGCCUUUCCUCCACAUACCCAUCCGACCUGAGGUCUCCCCUGUACUCUCUUACAACCAUCACCACACGGUAAAGCCUGGUCUCUAGUCAUCGCCGCCAAUAUCAUCUGCAACUGGUGCUCCCCCAUGCUUACCUCCUUCUCGAUCAGACUUUGCGCCUAUGCGCCCCUGACCUGAUCCCCCAACCAUGCUGAGGCCUGCGACUCCCUUGACCAUUUUACUUUGUAUAUCCUUCGUCUUUCUGCUCCUGUCCGUCCUCUCCACCCCCGUCAUCAGAGCCAUCCCAAUCGCCACUUUUGCUGGCGUCGACUUCGGCGUCUUUGGUUACUGCCAGCCAAACAAUGGAUGCAGUGGCAUAAGAGUCGGGUACACAACCGACGGCCUUUUUGGCUCCGCCGGUGAUGGCGACUUCAAUCUGCCUUCCAGUGCGAGGCACUCCUUGUCUGCCCUUCUCAUUGUCCACCCGGUUGCAGCCUUCUGUAACCUGAUCUGCUUGGCCCUCGCCGCCGCCGCCCAUCUUCACUCCCCCUCCCACUCCGCCAGAUAUCUCCUCGGACUGCUCAUCCUGCUCCUCCCCACUUUGUUGGUCACUCUUUUGGCCUUCCUCGUCGACAUCCUCCUUUUCGUCCCUCACUUACAAUGGGGAGGAUGGAUUGUUCUAGCCUCCACAAUCCUCAUCACAGCCUCUGGUGUUGUCACCUGCGCCAUGCGGAGAACUCUCGUCUCUAGAAAGGCUCGUAAGAAGAGAAUCGCCGAGAACGCAGAGAUGAGCGGAGAGAACUUUUAUAACCGACAAGCUGCACAGGAACUCAAGUCCGCCGGUCAGACUUUCAACCCUGAACCCUCCAUGCCAAUGGUCAAUGGUGCCCCUGGUGCCGACAGGCUCCCUACUUUCGCCACAUUCACCUCAUCAAAGGCCGAAGACGACCGACAACCGUUACGAACCCAGGCAAUGUCCAAUGAAAACACUCUAGUUGCUUCAUCCUCUCGCGACAAUGCAUCCGACAGAUUCUACCAGCCUCCCUCCAGAUCUGGCAGCAGGCCACCACGCGAUGGCACGGCAGAUCAACAGUACGGCGAUCCUACAGCACCCGUCCCCAUCAUGGGCCCGGGCUCAGUUCAACGAGGUUUAUCGGGUGACGAGAGGAGUAUCCAAGGCCCAUAUCGCGAUGGGAGUAUCCCGCCUCCUGGUGCGCGUGCUUAUGGAUCAAGAGGCAGAGGUUCUUAUGCUCCUCGUCCCGGCUACCCUUCACGGGGUGGUGCCCCUGCACCACGCGGGCCGCCAGUUCCACAAGGCUACUCGAGUCGUGGUGCUUUCAAUCCUGAUAUGAGAGGGGGCUACGGUGGGCGUGGCAGGGGCUCGUUUGGCCCCGGAAUGGCGGCGGGGGCCCUUGCUGGCGGCGCCGCUGGAGCCAUGAUGGCCAACGGGCAGAGCCGUCCUCCGCCCGGUUAUCUCUCUCAUGAUGGCCAAGCUCCAGACCGCUAUGCUCCUCCCGAGCAGUACCCCGACAGGAUGCCUGCUGACGGCCCAGUCGACUCCCAAAUUGCCCAGUCUCAACCAUUUGUUGAGGACAGAAACUAUACUCCAAUGAGCCCAUCCAUCUAUACUCAAGGCCCAGAUGAUCACCAUGGCCCAUAUGGAGCUCGAGUACAUUCUCCUGGCAGGGAGCGAAUGUCUCCUUAUGGCGUCCGAGCCCAGUCUCCAUCCAGCACAACUCGUCGCAUGUCGCCUCCUCCAGCCAUGCCGCCUGUAUCAAGCCCACAGCCAGCCGAGCUCAGUGAACUUCCCGCCCGAGCCCUUUCCCCUCAACGAUCACAGAGCCAAGACCAAUAUGUUCCGCCUCGAACGAAUUGGGGGGGCCCAGGGUCACCGUCCCGCUAUGAUGCAUUGCCGGCCGAAAUGCCAUCUGGAGAAAGCCAUGUUGCGGGAUACAGGGACGCCGCUCCGGCUCGACAUCGUGUCAAUUCUGGUGGCAGCGACAUCUACUAUGAGGAUGUCGACCCCCGGUUUGCGCAAGACCAACCGCCUUUACCUGUGGAAGAGGAUCCGGAGGACUCCCGUGUCCCCAUGCUACUAACGCCAGGCCAACAACAUCAAUACCGGCCCGAGCCGUUGAAUCUCCCGCCUAGUCACUCGUACGAAGACCUGCCGGGAGCCAGGUCUCCAGCGGAAAGCGAGACGAGCAAUUUCACUAGUGUGAGCCAGCGAGGGGUAAAUCCGAACUGGAGACCCGGCAAUGGAGGAGAGUUUAGUUCUUUGGGCCCGAUGAGACGGCCACCAGGGGCUCGAGACCAACAGCAAAUGAGACAGGAUGUUUUGUUGCAGGGCAAUCCUGAUUUUGCGCUGCCAGGAAUGACGGGCCCAGGUCGUCGAGCACGCGGAGGACAUUCAUCCACGAGAGGCGGAUACCCGGGCAUGGGCGGCGGCCGAAUCCCACCAGCGAGCGCCGUUCCUGGUGUGGACGGGAGGUACCCGAUGGGAGGUGGUCCUCCCGGGGGACCGCGUGGAAUUUGAUUGUACAUAAGGUCGGGCAGCCAGCCGGGGUUGGGGCUGCCAUAGCACCUGGAAAACGAGGAUGUCAUGUAACGCGACCGCGAUGUGCUUGUGUUUGAUUGGAUGUAGAGGCCCGACAUGGUGGAUUCUUGUUCACGUUCACGUUCUUGUUCACGUUUCGGAACCAGCAUCUGGCUCUAGAGCAGCCUGCGGACUAUGGAAAAGUCACGAAAUACAAUGCCACCAUACACUACGACUUGAGAAUGUCAACCAGCCUCGGAGACGAGCUCCGGGAUCAUUCCUGAUGAUGCUCUUUGUUCAAGUAUCAAAAUCUGUGCAUUAUUAAUUGCCACUGGGCCUCUAGUUUAGAUUACAUGACUUUAUAAUACAAUUCGGC